AUGAAGCUCCUCUAUCCCACGUCCCUCGAGCUCGACGUGGACAGCCUCCGCGGCUUUGCCGUCGAGCUGUGCCCCUACAAUGUGGCCGUCCCCUUUGCCGACGAGCACCUCGACGCCGACAUCCUGGUCACCUGGAUCAACACGCGGGCCAACCUCGCCGACGCCGCUGCCCGGCUGACCCGCCUCAAAUGGGUGCAGGCACUCGCGGCCGGCCCCAACGACGUGCUCGACGCCGGCUUCGACACCAGUCGCGUGACCAUCACCGUCGGCGCGGGCAUCCACGACGCCACCGUCGCCGAGCACACCAUUGGCCUGCUGCUGGACGGCGCGCGGCGGUUCUACGAGGCGCGGGACUGCCAGCUGCAAAAGACGUGGCCCGCACGCCUGGGCGGGCCCUACCCGCGGGCGGGCGAGUUCCGGACACUGCGGGGCGCGCGGGUGCUUGUUUGGGGCUUUGGCGGCAUUGCGGCCAAGCUGACGCCGCUGCUGCACGCGUUUGGCGCCGAGGUGCGCGGCGUGGCGCGGCGACCCGGCGUGCGGGCGGGCGUCGAGGUGCUGUGCGACGACCAGCUGCCGCGGCUGCUGCCCGACACCGAUGCGCUGGUGAUGAUCCUGCCCGGAUCAGAGGCGACGCGCGAUGCACUCAACGCCGCGCGACUGGCACUGCUGCCCUCGCAUGCCUGGGUGGUCAACGUCGGUCGUGGCAUCUCGGUGGACGAGGACGCGCUGGCAGACGCGCUGGAUGCUGGCACGCUGGGUGGUGCGGCGCUGGAUGUGUUCAAACAAGAACCUCUGCCGGCAGACAGCCGAUUGUGGACGACGCCCAACCUGUUGAUCUCGCCACAUGCUGCCGGUGGACGGCCCGACGGCUGCACGGAUUUGAUUGCAGAAAACCUGCGCAGUUUCCUAGCAGGGCGGCCCAUGAAGGGUGUCUUUCAGGGGCAAGGUGAGCUUCAGUAG